CAUAGAGUACCUUUUAUUUUGUUUAUUAAUAACGUGAAUAUUUGUACACAAACUUUAGCAGACUAUAUACGGUAGAUUAACCCAAAACUGAUUCCUACAGUGAUUAAAUAGAAGCUUCAAAUCUUAUUUUCAUAAUUUUAUUAUGACCGUAUACAUCAACUCAAAACUGUUUUCAUGAUUUAGCUCAGAUGAUUCUAAUGAAAUUCCGUUCCGUUACUGUAAUUAUACCUUCCGUUACUAUAACACUUUAGCAAUUCUGUAUUAGCUUAAUGUUAUUCUAUUUUUGCACCGUUAGAGUUUUUCUGUGAGGGAAACGUAUCUGUAGUUAAAGGAACUUAUAAAAGAUAUUAUUAAAUAGUAACUUAUUUAAUGAUUACUCUGUUUAACUUAAUUUUUCUGUAAUGAAAUUUUGUAUUCAGUAUAGAAGCUAAAAUAUUUCUUAAUAAUAUAAUAAUAAUUAUAUAUUAUCUUAAUAACAGUCUUUUCCUCUUCUGAUUUCAUUUUAAAGCGACGUGACAGAGCAAUCAUGUGAUCUUGGGGAGACUCUAGCACAGUGCUUUUGUGUUCACAGCCCCAGUUAAUUGACAGAACUUCAAACAUAAAACAUCUGUACUAAAAGCAUAUGUUUUUUUUAUUUACAGAUACACAGAUUAUCUUCUACAUUCCAGUAUUUCCAGUUUUGGAACUGUAAUACGUGUAGAUAUUGUUAUAUUUUGUAGUUUUUCGUUCAAAUUAGACAGCUUUUUCUCUGAAGCUUGCAGAAGUAUAUUAACCACGACGGAGAAAUGUAGACCUACUUUUCCCAUUCUUAAUUCCGCCUUUUCUACUUUGUGAGAUGAACCGGAAAUGGGUCGGAUACAGACCGGAAGUGACCCUUGACAACUCAAUGUAACCGGCAAUGUGAUUGGUGGGUGACAUUCAGCCAAAAGUUAAUGUCCCGUCCACAGGCCUAGCAACCAAUUUCAGAUAUCGAAACAAAACUGAUUUGCAUCAGGCUGUUGCUCUUAGCAACAAUAGUUAGCACGAAUGAUCACUCACCCAGCCACAAAGUGUGCCACACGGAACACGCCUAGCAACCAGUACAAUCUUUUUUGGCGCCAAAUAUCAAUGCGCGACGCUGACAGUUGCCGGUCCGUGAAGAAGAAUGAAAAUUCAAAGACUUUUUAUCUCUUCCAUAUUUUUAAGUCUACCGGGCAUCAUCUUCUACAAUGUGGCUAAAUUACUUGAGAAAAACGUCAAAACUGAUGAUCGCAAAAUUCAAAAACGGGAUGACUUAAGACAGAUACUGUUUGUAGAAACCGGAAACGAAAGUCACGUGCUUGAGCCAAACAGAGACACAGAGACGUCAAUAGCUCCGACACGUGAAGGCGUGUCGGAAAUAAAAAAUGUAAAAAGAAUCAAUUAUCUACUAAAACCUGUGAUCUAUCAACAAUUUAAUUGCACGAGACUUUUUCUCGGAGAUCCAGAAGAGCAAAAAAAAGUUAAAACCUUUCAUUCAAAGUUUCCAUAUAAGCAUGUGCCAGAGGCGUCCUUCGUCAAAGCAGCCAGUAGAUGUCAGGCCUACAUACAAGCAAGAGGUUAUGUUAGACACGUGCCCGAAGAGGAAGCUGAGUUCCCAUUGGCUUACAGCAUAACCAUUCACAAGCACGCUGACCAGUUUGAACGACUACUGCGCGCCAUCUACCGGCCAAAUAAUUAUUACUGCAUCCAUGUUGACCAGAAAUCCAGUAAAAACUUACACGCUGCCAUCAAAGCUAUAGCAGAUUGUUUUGACAACGUGUUCGUGGCCUCCAAGCUGGAAGUGGUUGUCUAUGGUGGAUUCACCAGGCUGCAGGCCGACCUAAACUGCAUGGAGGACCUUUACCAUAGGUACACAGACUGGAAAUAUUUGCUGAAUUUAGCGGGCACGGAACUGCCUUUGAAGUCCAACAAGGAAUUAGUUUAUUUGCUGAAACUUUACAAAGGCAGGAACAUCAUCGGGAAAAAUCAUAACGUUUUACCGAGCAGGUGGAAAAAGCGUUAUUUUACUCGUGUGGUAAAUAUGACCGGUUCGAUCAAAGUAGUGAAUAAAACCAACAUGAAACCUCCAUUUAACCUUACCAUGAUAAAAGGAAGCGCCUACGCCAUAUUCAGCCGGGAUAUGAUUGGCUAUACCCUUCGUGAUCCUCUGCCAAUCAAAUUCUUGAAAUGGUGCAGCCACACCUACAGUCCUGACGAGCAUUACUGGGCGACCUUGAAUGACCUUGAUGGAAAUCCUCAGCUGAAGACGCCUGGAGGAAACUACUCGCCAGCUAACAUCUUCAUCACCAGAGCUGUCCUGUGGAACUCCCGUGCUUGCGCAGGUAAAAAUGUGCACAAAGUUUGCCUAUAUGGCGUCAAGAACCUACCUUGGCUCAAGGAGAGACCAGAAUUCGUGGCGAACAAAUUUGACUUGGAGACGGACUUCACAGCUUUUGAUUGCAUGGAGGAACUUGUGGCUCAGAGAAGUCGAAACAGCGAACCCUGGGAUCUGCAAAUUCAUAAGCAAUACAUUCAGACCCACCUCUUAGGAAGGCCCAAAAGUUGAUGACUUUGUGUCUUAGCUUUACAGUGAAUAAUGUUAUUGUUCAUGUUAACACGUUAAGAAGUCUUGAAACGUACUUUAAGAAGAUUAUUGGCCUGUGGACAAAUUAGAUGGCGAGAUAAGAUUACAUUUUCGGUCGCAAGUAGAGUAAUGCAACUGUCUAAGAAAUUCUGAUCCUCGCUUACGACUGAAAGUAUUUCCUAAGAUUUUUUAUCUUUCCAUGGGGACAACACACUAAAAAUAAGUGUUUAGUUUGUAAAUGGAAAAGUAAAAGCAUUUCUGUUACUUUUAAAAGAAACGCGUCCUGGUGUUUACUCUUACAAAAGCUCUGUUUUGUAAUUAAAGACUUGUGAAAUAUAUAGACAGUAAUGUGGUGCAUAUGUUAAAUAAAUUCAAAUAGUCCGGUGUGUUUAUUAAAAACCGUAAAAGUUUUUACUGUGUGAAAAUGAAAUCUAUUUACUAUAAUAAACACAUCUCUUUAAAUAGCGUUUAUGAAUAAAGACCAGGAUGCGAUUAUUAAGUGAAACAGAAAUGCGUUUACAACAUUAACACUUACUUAAUGUGAAGUAUUGACGAUCUGAUCCUCACUGACAACACUCUAUUUCUUGAGGUCUUUGAGCAGCAGGCUUUGAUCCUCAUUUAGAGAAAUACAAAUGAAAUUACAAAAGAUGCUUGACCAUUCUGCAGAUAUAAAGAAUUUCCUUUUGACUUCAAAACUGAUUACUGUAUGUAAUACGCCUAAUAUAAGAAAAGAGAAAAAACAACAACAGGAUAUGAAUAAAGGAAGAAACGAGCUUUGUUUUGUAGAAUUAUUUCCUCAUUUAUUAAUCUAUUUAAUUGUUUUAAGCGUCAUUCCGACGAAUUUUUCCUUUAACAAUAAGUAACUACCCAGUUCAAUACCGGAAGUGAACCCAUGCACCGUAUGCCCUAGAGACAGAAAGACAGACGUCUUAACUACGAUUCGCCUCCGGACCGGUCUAAAAUAUGGCGGACUUAUGUACAUGGUAAACUUUGAAUACUACCUUUGAACUGCAACGUUUUCAAUGUUCACAAUAACUGUUGUAA